UAGUGUUAUAAGAUAGUGUUUGCAUUCUGCUGUAUAGGGUUGUCUGUUUCAGGCACACUCUAUACAUUACAAAGGACCCGCUUCGAAGACAGGUCAGUUUGUUUGCAACAGUGUCACGUGCAGGUUGCGCCUUGUAUAUCGAACUGGAAACAUGCCCAAGAUGGCGACGAACUUCCUGUCGCGCCUGCGCACAUUGCCUGUCCGCGGGGUGCUGACUGUGAUUGGCGGAUUCCUGAUUCAUAGCACCAUCAGCACCGGAUACAUCUUUGGCAACAUGACACCCUAUCUGACGUCAUACCUGCGUGCCAGAAGUGGGUCGACUGACGCUACGUACCCAGAAACUGUUUGGAUCUCUACAGCGAACUAUUUGACCUUGGCAUUUUUUAUGCCCAUAUUAGGCUGGAUAGAACAGAAACUGACUCCCAGAAUUUGUACGCUGAUUGGUGGACUUAUCUUCAGUUCCGGUAUGCUCAUCACCUACUUCACCAUGCAACAUUCCCUCCUCUUGACGGCCUUGACCUAUGGCAUCAUCAAUGGCGCUGGGAAGAGUAUGGCGUACCCUGGAGCUGUGAAAUGUGCCCUCAAGUGGUUUCCCAACAGAUCAGGUCUGGUGACAGGCAUCAUUAUCAGUGGAAUCGGGUUUGGAACCUUUGUGUUCAACCAGGUCGUCACGGCCUUCAUCAACCCUGACAACUUCUCCCCUGAUGAAACAAUAAAAGAUGAUUUGUACUUCACACAGAGCUCCCUUCUAGACAGGGUACCAUACAGCUUCCUGCUGCUGGGCGGGGUCUACACAGCAAUACAGCUCAUCGCCGUCCUCUUCCUCAUAGCCACGCCCACAGACACGCCCACACAGGAAGUCAACGUGGAGAAGAGCCCUGACCAAGAGAAGAUGCCGGAUGAAAAGAUGAAAGAAGAUCUCGACACCGUAUCCCGCACAGACAGCGGUGGGACUGAUGACGACGAUGGCAACUACACUCCACGCCAGGUUCUUCGGUCAAAGCUGUUCUACUUGCUGUGGGUCAUCUUCGGUUGUGUGGUCCUUGGCAUUUUCUUUGUGAUGAACUUCUACAAGACAUUUUCCCAGACUUUCAUCAAAGAUGACCAUUUUAUAACUCUGGCUGGCUCUGUAGGAUCGGCCUUUAAUGCUCUGGGACGACCGUUCUGGGGAGCCGUGGGGGACAAGAUAGGCUACAGGGAAACACUCACCAUUGUCAUCGGAGUGUUUGGAACAGCAGGAGCGACCUUCACCUUGUGUGAAUAUGGCGGGAAAGUGAUGCUGAUGAUCUGGCUGUGCCUGAUCUACGGGACAUUCUCAGGAUUCUACGCCCUGAUGCCUUCUCUUACCGUCUCGCUGUAUGGUCAGAAGUACUACAGCGUCAACUACGGCCUGCUCUACACCAGCAUGAUUGUAGUUCAGCUGGCAGGUGCGCUCCUGACGUCACAGCUGAAAUCCGCUAUUGGAUGGCAAGGGAUACUGUACAUAGGAGCCGGAGGGAUCGUGUUCAGUUUCUGUUUGUGUUGUGGAAUGCUUGUACAGUACCGACUGGCCAAGAGGAAGGAGAAAAAGUUCGGAAACAAACACGUGGAGAACUCGGUUGAUACCCGUCUGUAAAAUGUGAAACGUAACAACAGUCGGAAAGAAAUAUAACGACCCGAGAAUAGCGGUUUAUCACAACACAUACAGUUCAUGGAACAGAGUUAAAACACAUGUACAUAAAUAGAUUUCAUAUUUCAUACUGUCCGAUUAACCAAUAAAACAUGUCUGUUUA